AUGAGCGAAGCCAACUCAACAGCAACGGAUACGGGAGCCCUAGUCAUUCCUGCAUUGGAUGAUACACUCGGUGCUCUAUACAUUGGUAUUCUAUUAUGGGGUGUUGCCUCUUUACAGCUGUUCUAUUACUUCACGCGCUUCCCUCGUGACAGUUGGAGUACCAAAGUCUUGGUACUUGUUGUCUGGGGACUCGACACUAUUCAUCAAGGCAUGAUCUCACAUGCAGGAUAUAUUUACACCAUAAAGCAAUAUGGAAACAUAUCCUUCGUUUCUCAUGUCGAGUUAACGCUUGAGUUAAUGAUUCUGAUAAGCGGCAUAAACUGCUUGAUUGUCCAAAUUUUCCUAGUAAAUCGGGUGUGGAAGCUCAGCCAAGGUAACAAAUGGCUGGUAAUCUAUCUCAUGAUCACAGUUCUUGCUGCAUUCAGCUUUAUUACCUCAUAUUUUGCCAAAAGUAUCGAAGGAAGCACAUUCUCAAAUGUGAAAUCACGGGAAUGGCUUGGGCGAGCAAGUGAAAGCCUUGUCGUGAUAUCUGACUUCUCAAUUGCUGGCUCACUCAUUUACUACCUUCAACGCUCUCGUACCGGAUUCAGAAAGACGGAAACAAUGGUCAACAGAUUAACCAUUCUUACAGUUAACACUGGGCUUUCGACGAGUAUUGUAGCAACGCUUACGCUCAUAUUUUUAUCUGCCUACCCGCAUAAGUAUAUUUAUACUGCGUGUUUUGUGAACAUUAGCAAAUUGUAUACGAAUGCAUUCCUCGCAACCUUGAAUAGUAGGAGAAGCUUCCAGGAGGACGAAAGCGAAAGGACAGAAGAAUUGCAAUCAAUUGCCUUAUCUAAGCUCCGGAAUAUUGUUCGUGGACGAGGGACGAGGGACGAUUUAGAAGGACGAGCACACGUCCUUUCUAUACAGGUACAGACUGAUACUACGUUUAGUAGGGAGAAUACAACUGGAAAGGACUCGAAACCUGAUAUUCUUGAUAUUACCCCGGAAGUAGCAGAAAAGGGCACCUCUAAGGUGGAUGUAUAA